GAGGACUAACUUAGAGGAUUCGAGUCAUUAGCAAUCUAAUACCAAUGCCAAUGUACUUGUGACUAAUUUGCCUAGUAGGCUAAGUUAACACGCGGUCAGUCAGCAGCCUAGUGCCUGGCACUGCCCUACAUCUUUCAGUGACCCCCGUGCGUUUCAGUGAAAUGGUACGCUCCAAACCGAGCUAGGUAAAGAGCAUAGUUAUGCGUGCAGGGAUUCACAGAAGUGAGAAAAUACUGUUACUCUGGAGGGGUUAUCCAACCAAAAUAGCGUCCUUGUUUGGACAAUGUAGUUAGUGUGUAGCAUGCACACUGCCUUUAAAGCUGCUGCUGUUCUGGUGCUGUACAUGAGCUGCCGAGUUAACUGGAGCGGAGAGUAACAACAGUGGAGAAAACAGAUAGUGGGAAAGAAGUGAGCGCUUCAGCAACUUAGGCAGUCAUUUAUUAUUUUAUCAUUCAUCUUCAGCUCUUACUGACAUCACUGAGGAGUAGGACUGGAAAGGUGAGGCUCGCCAGAGAUGAUGCGGAAUUUGCCGGUUGCGCAAAGCCGCAACGAAGGACACAGGCCGAGCGAAGGGAAGCGCAGGAGGAUGCUUAUUCCCUAUCAGGGUAGAUCCAUGUGGACAGGAGGUGUUCCCUAAUCUCAAAGCCUCCCUCCCCUUCCCUGACCCAUUCCCCUCCUUGGACCCUGCCACUGGUGGUUCUUUUCACCCAUCACACCUCGGUCACCAUGACGUCUACUCUGCAGACGUUGGCCUUCAAACUGGCUCUGCCUCCACGUGAAGUCGGUCCCGAGCCACUGGAUCCUUGCGAUUUGGGAACGGAUCGUCGGUAUGAGGUGGUUCCCUCUGUGGUCUGCUCCAUGUGCUGCCUGUUCGGCAUCAUCUACUGCUUCUUUGGCUACCGCUGUUUCAAGGCCGUGCUCUUCCUGACAGGCCUAAUGUUCGGCUCGGUGGUGGUCUUCCUGCUGUGCUACAAGGAGCGAGUGCUGGACACACAGCUGAGUGCUGAGGCGAGCGCAGGCAUCGGGCUGGGCAUCGGCACACUGUGCGGUCUGGUCACCAUGCUGGUGCGCAGUGUUGGUCUCUUCAUGGUGGGUCUGCUGCUAGGACUGUUGGCAGGUAUUGGCACACUGGUGGGCAUGGAGGAGUUGUCAUCAGCACCACCACGCUCCGUGUGGGUGCCGCUCGGGGUGCUGCUGGGCCUGGGAAUGCUGUUCGCUGUUCUCACGCUGCAGUGGCAGCGCUUCUUCACCACUUUGUCUACAGCAGCGUUUGGAGCAGCAGUCAUCGCUGUGGCGGCUGAUUACUUUGUGGAGCUGUUUGCGUUGGUGCGCUACAUCUACGAGCGAGUGAAGGCUGUACCGGCACGCUCACAGUGUUGGGUGAUGUGGGCUGUGCUGGGAGCAUGGCCUGCUCUUGCCUUGCUGGGAGCGCUUGUGCAGUGGCGGGUGACAGCUGAGGGAUACUCACACACUAAAGUGAUGAUAAGCCGUCAGCAGCGGCGAGUGCAGCUCAUGCGGAUCCGACAGAAGGAGGAGAGAAGAGAGUGCAGCAGGAAGAAGAGGAGGAAGCAGCAGUCUCAACACCACACACACUCAGGCAAAGCCAUGCAUCCAGACCCACCGUACCGCAGGAAACCCCAGCCCGUCCGCCGCUAUGAUGGAGAUGUCCUCUCUCCGAGCUACAUCCAGAGUUUCCGAGAGCGGCAAGGGGAAGGGUGUGCGUAUCCUGGUGCCCGGCUCUCUGGUGCACACACAGCCGUGGACAUUGACUACGACUGCGGCUCAACCGUCCCUCUCACCUCUGGGGCUGUACCUAAUCCUCGAGUGUGAUGACACACAGUUACAGACUCUGACACAUUCAUCUCACUGUCUUGGUGCUGUCCCUGACCUGACCUGACCUGACCUGUGCAUACACAGCUGGACGAACUGUAUAGACAAUGAGUGUGGGGAUAGGGGGAGUUACAGGCAUGAGCAUGUUGCUAAAAGAGUGUAUUCAAGACUUGCACACAUCUACACACACCCAUACACAAAUCCAUACACACACCCAUUCAUGCAUAUGCACACUACUGUUGAACAUGUGCCCGAGGCAUGGUAUUUUAGUCACAUGUAGAAAUAUGAGGUGAACAUCUGUAAAACAAGAAAUCCAGGCCUGGCUUUAUCACACUUUUUAUUAUUAAAUAUUAUGUCAGUGUGAUAAAGCGGUGCAGUGAACCGUCCCCCAACCCCCCCGCACCCCCGUAAAUAUUUCCCAUCUGUCCUGCAUUAUUGCAGUGAGGAAAUUCUCUCUUGGUGCUGAAUCUUGUAACAUGAAGAUCCUUCUUCUCAUUGCAAAUCUGUGGAUUCUACCAUUUCCAUCUGCAUUGUCAUAGUUUCACAUUUUUUCUCAUGAACUGUACCAAAUAGCUGUGCAGGUGGGGGAUUGCCUUGAGGCUCCAGUGGGAGGCUGUCUCAGGAGAAUCUGCUCCUUGGCCUCGUGUUAAUGAGGCUGCAGGGGAAAGAGCCAUAUUACAGCAGACUCUCUGGUGCAGUCUGAGCGCAAUUUCUGGCGGCGACAGAAAAAAAAAAGGAGGCAAAGCGAUACUCAGGGACGGCUGGAACACUGCAAACUGUUGAAACAGUUGGAAGUAGAACUAGUGUCAGUGGAGUUGAAAGAAAGAAAGAAAGAAAGACAGAGCUUUUUUUUCCCCGUUGUUUAUUUUUUUGGACUUCAACCCAGAGUCGUUCGGCAUCAGCGACUCCCUUUCCUGUGAAAUCCUGUCACUCAUUGGUGUGCUUUUGCCGUGCCGUCGUUAAAGUGUAGUGAUGACGCUGAUGCCAUCUACUAACAUCUGUGGUGUCCUCAAGAACAAAACAGGUUUUCUCAUUUCUGAUGAUCUCUGUGUUUGAUAAGACCAUGCUUUUCCAGGGCAUCUGUUGAUCUUUCUUUGUCUUUCUUUCUUUUUUUAUUCUUUUCUUCUAGCUGUAUGUUUCAGUGUUUCAGUCAAGUCGCUGCACUUCUGUUUUGUACAUAGAAUGCACUAGAAUGCACAUUUCCUGGUUGAUUUGCCUUUAUUAUUUAUUUGACUUACUCGUGUACUGAUUUGCCUUUUUUUUUUAUUAAUAGGAUGAUGGGCAUAUAGAUGUGUAUUUAUUUGAUGGCUUAUUUAUUUGCAUUUGAGACCUGCUUACAGACCAUUCCCCCUCUGACAGCCGAGUUUAAUCACAAAGAACUGAGUGAACAGUUUUCAUCAGGACAUGCACCUUACAAUCUAAUGUUAUUCUUCUUAUUAUAAAGCAUGUAUUUGUAAGAACCUGGAUAUUAUGAUAAAGUAUGUGAUUCCAA